AUGGGUCAGGGGCUGUGGAGAGUGGCCAGAAACCAGCAGCUACAGCAGGAAGGCUACGGUGAGCAAGGCUACCUCAGCAGAGAGCAGAGCAGGAGGGUGGCUGCCAGCAACAUGUCUCACACCAGUCAUCGCAAACACGUCCAGGGGGGCAUUGACAUAUAUCAUCUUCUGAAGACAAGAAAGUCUAAAGAACAGGAAGGAUUCAUUAAUUUGGAAAUGCUGCCUCCUGAACUAAGCUUUACCAUCUUGUCCUACCUGAAUGCAACCGACCUCUGCUUAGCUUCCUGCGUUUGGCAGGACCUGGCCAAUGAUGAACUUCUCUGGCAAGGGCUGUGUAAAUCCACUUGGGGUCACUGUUCCAUUUACAACAAGAACCCACCUCUAGGAUUUUCUUUCAGAAAGUUGUACAUGCAGCUGGAUGAAGGCAGUCUCACCUUUAAUGCCAACCCAGAUGAGGGAGUGAACUACUUUAUGUCCAAGGGCAUCCUUGAUGAUUCACCAAAGGAAAUAGCAAAGUUUAUCUUCUGUACAAGGACACUAAAUUGGAAAAAACUGAGAAUUUAUCUUGAUGAAAGGAGAGAUGUCUUGGAUGACCUUGUAACGCUGCAUAACUUUAGAAAUCAAUUCUUGCCCAAUGCACUGAGAGAAUUUUUUCGUCACAUCCAUGCCCCUGAAGAGCGUGGGGAGUAUCUUGAAACACUUAUAACAAAGUUCUCACAUAGAUUCUGUGCUUGUAACCCUGAUUUAAUGAGAGAACUUGGCCUUAGUCCUGAUGCUGUCUAUGUACUGUGCUACUCUUUGAUUCUACUUUCCAUUGACCUCACUAGCCCUCAUGUGAAGAAUAAAAUGUCAAAAAGAGAAUUUAUUCGAAACACCCGGCGUGCUGCUCAAAACAUUAGUGAAGAUUUCGUGGGGCACCUUUAUGACAACAUCUACCUUAUUGGCCAUGUGGCUGCAUAA